GGGCGUCCCCUUCCCGGCUGCCGGGGUGAGCGCAGCCAGGCCGAAGCCCUGCGCGGACCUGGAUCCCGUUCCCCGAGCCAAACACGUUUCUUGGAGGCACAUCCCAUUGAUCCAUUGCUAUGGAUCCUCCUUGCAAGUAAAGUACGCUUAAGACGGCUGCCUGCCUUCAGCGAUCCCCGAGAUUGCACCGCGGCUUGCUGCUCUCGGCGCGGGGAUCUCGUACAUUACAUGAACUUGCCGGCGCUGCCCUUUGCUGGCUGCGGGACCGUCGGGGCGCGAGUGGCCGCGGGCACCUCUUCCUCGUUUCUCCCUUGAGCUUCUUCCCCCGCUUCUUUUCCGUCAUGAACAGGGUGCAGCUGAAGCGCUCGGCGAUCCUCAAGAUGGCACUCAGCGGAUCCUCAGACCCGCUGCUCCAGCAGCAGCACCCGGAGGGGGAGGAGGGCGGCGGCGGCAAGCAGCCUCCGUUCGUAAUCCGGGCUCUGCGCAUUGCCACGGUGGUCUCCCUCUACUGGUUCAUCUCCAUCACCAUGGUGUUCCUCAACAAGUACCUGUUGGGCAGCCCUUCGCUGCGCUUCGAAGCGCCGCUCUUCGUCACCUUCUACCAGUGCCUUGUCACCGUCCUCAUCUGCAAGGUCCUGAGCCUCGUGGCCUCCUGCUGCCCGGCCGGCUUCGUGGACUUCCCCUCCAUCCGCAUGGACCUCAAGGUGUCCCGCAGCGUCCUGCCCCUCUCCGUGGUCUUCAUAGGCAUGAUCACCUUCAACAACCUGUGCCUCAAGUUCGUCAACGUGGCCUUCUACAACGUGGGGCGCUCCCUCACCACCGUCUUCAAUGUGCUUCUCUCCUACCUGCUCCUGAAGCAGACCACUUCUCUGUAUGCCCUUCUGGCCUGCGGGGUCAUCAUAGGUGGCUUCUGGCUCGGUAUAGACCAGGAGGGAGCUGAAGGCACAUUGUCCUGGGCUGGCAUAGUUUUCGGAAUCCUGGCCAGCCUCUGCGUCUCGCUCAAUGCUAUCUACACUAAAAAAGUGCUGCCUGCUGUGGACAGCAGCAUCUGGCGCCUGACAUUCUACAACAACAUCAAUGCCUGUAUCUUGUUCCUGCCGCUCAUGUUGUUCUCCGGUGAGUUCCAUACACUCUACUACUUUGAUAAAUUGGGGAGCCUCAACUUCUGGGGUAUGAUGACUCUGAGCGGGUUGUUCGGCUUCGCUAUUGGCUAUGUGACAGGACUUCAGAUCAAAUUUACCAGCCCACUCACUCACAACGUCUCCGGGACUGCGAAAGCAUGUGCUCAGACUGUGCUAGCCGUCGGCUAUUAUGAAGAAACCAAGAGCUUCCUAUGGUGGACUAGUAACAUGAUGGUUCUCAGCGGCUCCUUUGCUUACACCUGGGUGAAAGGGCUAGAGAUGAAGAAGGUACAGGAGGAACCUAUUCCUAAAGCAAACGAGAAAAAUGAGACUGGUGUCUAAACUCGCCCCAGGCUGUACCUUCACAGUCUGCACUUGCAGCCUGCGUGCACAGAUGCAGUGGAGCUUGGCUGGGAAGAGAGCCACGGCUUGGAGUCCACAAAGCCGGGAAAUCCUGUGGCUGCAAAUUUGUGGGAGGUGGAAAUUGGUGGGCGAGCCAGCGUCCUCCACAGAUGGAGGCUUUGCUGUGGUAAUCCUGGUCAAGGGGGAAUUUUUACAAUUGGUUUUCUAUCACAGAGGUGAUGAGGGUUGGUGGGGGUGUGUGCUGGGGAGCUCAGAUAAGGGACUUGUGGUCAAUCAAGUCGCUCCUGAAAAAAUGGCUGCUAUCACUACUAGCUACUUGCCUUUGUGCGCCUUGCUUUUCCCUUGGUAAAAGGAAGGUGUGUGUGUUCUGUUUAAGGACCAAUGGAAGAAGACUUGAAAGAAAUAAGGGUAGAGGGAUUCUGCCUAUGUUUGUCCCAAGGGGAGUGGGCUUUCUGUGAAGGUGCAUCUCAACAUUGUCUUCCCACACAAUGCAAUCUGCUGUGCUUGCUGAAGGACUAAUCUCUUACUUCAGCUAAAGUCACCCAAGGUUUGGUCAUUAACCCCUUCUUCCCCCAUGGGGCAAAUUGGUACCAAGAAAUACGAGGGCACCACCUUCCAACGGUGAGGGGAAAUACCCCCGAGACACCAAAGGAUAUGCAUUUGGGUUUAGUGAGGGUUGUGCAGGAUUUCAAACAGCACCAUUUGUUCAUCAAGUUCAUUUCUAAGGGGAGUGUCAUUGGGCCUCAGGGCUGACUCGCGAGAAAGGGAGUUGGGCCUGAGUUGUUUUGGAAAGUGGUGGUAUGGCCUUCCCACAAUUCCUUGAGAAAUUCCAGCCCUUAACUGAGUAGCGGUCAUGGUAGGCCCGACUCUUCUCCCCAGGAUCACUGAUAAAAUAAGGUAUGUGAGUGGCCAGCCUGACCGGCAUUUAAUGGGUUCUGAAGAAACUAAAACGGCAGCAUGCCCACUGCUCUUCAGAGAGAUAGGAUUUAAUGAUACUUAUGCACUCCUUUACUGAGUGACCCUCCCAUGGGCUCCAAGAGCCCACGUCUCAUUGGAAUGUUUCACUCAUUUGCCUUGUUGCCUUUUUUCCCAUGUCUGUACCCCACCCCCUUAUCUUCUGUGAUUUUGUAUUGGGAAACGAAUCUUCCACUGUGGAACUUUGAUUGUUACAUUUGUUUAAUAAAUGUAUGUUUCACUAUUAUUACUAUUUUGAGUGGCUUGACUGCUUCCUGCACAAUGGUAAGGUGAAUAGGAUAAAAAGUGAGAGGAGGCCACAGAUAGCUCCAAGCCAUAGCUGUCAAGUUCUCCCCUUUUUUAAGGGAAAUUCCCUUAUGCUGAAUAGGCUUCCUCGCGAGAAAAGGGAAAACUUGACAGCUAUACUCCAAGCAGAGGAUUUCAUGUAAACUAAACCCUAGGCUCUUUUUUCUUUUUAAAGCCGUAACUCACUUCUAGCCUACUGGUGCUAGCAUAUGUUAUCUCAAGGAUCGUGAAAGUGACCCUUUGCAGCUGGCACCAGUUUCUCCUGUGUAAACAUCUUGCCAAAAAUCUGCAAUGCAGGACAGACUGUUUGCUCUUCCUGUUCAGCUCCUGUUUGAACCAGCACUGCCUCUCCUAUACUGAACACACAUCCUUUAAAUAUGCCCAUAUUUCAUUGGAUGCCAGAGAAUCAAUGCAAAGAGCUUCUCUCAGUGCCCAAGUGUGGUGGUGGCUGAAUUAAUUGGAGGAGGGGAAAUGCCUGCACUUUUUUUGGUGGGGAGGGUUGGCCCUGUAUUUUUUCCUGCUCUUUUGAAUGUAGCAGUCAUUUUGUGCCAUGUCAUGACCCCCCCCCCCAUGGGACUUCCUCAAAAUUCUAAAUGUUGGUGAUCCCCGUAGGGCAUUGGAAGCCAUGCACAAGAACCUCUGAGCCGUAUGCUGAUAGACCAGUGCCACACCUGAGUCAGAGCAAUGCCACUGGCACUUCUGUAAGAGUCACAUGAGUCCAGCUCCCUAAAACC